AUGGUCGUCUACUACAACAUUGCUGGCCGCCAGAUCGGCUCCCACCACCUCUCUCUCGGUAUUCUCAGCUCCCUCUUCGGCGGUGUCUUCCUGGCUACCCGUGGCGGUGGUGCUGCUCAGAAGCCCGCUGCUCCCCCGAUCCAGGCUUCCUCCAAGGACGAGGAGACUUUCAUUCAGGACUUCCUGAAACAAGUGAACGGAGAGGGCGAAAAGAAGAAGGACCACUAG